ACCGGACUCCGGCCUUUGUCAUCCGGCAUCAGCGCACGUUGCUGCUACCGAGGGCAAGAGGCGGGCGUGAGGGAAGCGACCGAACGUGAGGAGCAUAACCAAGAGAGAGCAGCAUGUCGACACAUCGGCCGCAUGCAGCAGACACAAGCGUGGCCACGCGUAAGCGGAAGGGACUCGGCUCUGACGCCGCCCUUCCGCGCCGCAAGUACGCGCGAACUUUUGACGACGGCCGACCUGGUGUGAGCCGCGUCCACCUGCCGACGGCGCCCACGGGCGGUACGGCGGGCAUGACGGGCAUGCCUAUGGCGAGCGGCUCGUCUGGUGCUGGGCCUUCGGGCUCGGGCUCGGCUACGUCGACCUCGGCCUCAUCCGCUCCCUUGGGCGGAGCGGUGGCGAGCGCAGCUGGCUCGGCGGCAAAGGGUACACUCGCCACGUCGGCGCGGUCACAGGCAGGCGCGGCUGGGAGUGGGAAGCGGGAAGCUGGGGCGCUGUACGCGCUGACAGGCAAGGAUGUACUGGCGUUGCCAAAGGCGGACCAGGUGCUCUACGCGACACGGUACGGGCUGCUUGUGGGCGACCGACCGGUCAUUCCGUCCUCGUUUGUACCGCCGGGCGCGAGGUCGGCCCAGUGGCGGCCCGCAGGCGGGAGCGGGACAAGCAAGUCAAGCAAGAGCAGCGGAGCGCACAAGAGCGCAGCGAGCGGGACCAAGAAGGCUUCGCGGCAUGGCGGGAGCAGCAGCUCGCGGGCGCCCAAGGAGCCGCGGCCGUCGUGCGAUGACGAGAACGGACACUUUAUCGUGCGGCUGGGCUCAAACAUCACGUCGCGGUACAAAAUCCAGGCGCUGCUCGGUGAGGGCACGUUUGGCAAAGUGGUUGAGGCGUGGGACAACAAGCGGCGGCAGUGGGUGGCCAUCAAGAUCAUUCGCAACAUCCCCAAGUACCGCAAGGCGGCAGAAAUUGAGAUGAACAUUCUGGACGACGUCGAGCAGCGUGAGGCCAAGAACGGUGACUCGGGGUGCAUUCAUCUCCGCGGGUACUUUGACUACCGCAACCAUGUGUGCAUGGUGUUCAAGCGGUACGGGCUCUCGGUCUUUGACUUUAUGAAGGAGAACAAGUACCGUGGCUUCCGCUACAACCACACCAUCGACCUGGCGUACCAGCUCAUCUACUCGGUGGCGUACCUCCACGACAUGGAUCUCAUCCACACCGACCUCAAGCCGGAGAACAUCCUGUUUGCCAACUCGGACACACUACCGACGUACGACCACACCGGGCGCGAGCGCUCGUACCGGCUCCCGGCCUCGACCGCCAUCAAGCUCAUCGACUUUGGCUCGGCCACGUACGAGCACGACUACCACUCAUCGGUUGUCUCGACCCGCCACUACCGCGCACCCGAGGUCAUUCUCGGCCUCGGCUGGUCGUUCCCCUGCGACAUCUGGUCCGUCGGCUGCAUCCUCAUCGAGCUCCUCACCGGCGAGGCCGUCUUCCAGACCCACGACAACGUCGAGCACCUCGCCAUGAUGGAGCGCCUGCUCGGCGCCAUCCCGCCGUCGAUGGCCCGCAACGCAGACUCGCACGCGCAAAAGUACUUUGACGCCUCCGGCAAGCUCCGCUGGCCCGAGCUUGCCCAGUCCAAGUCCUCGCUCCGCCACGUCGAGCAGAUCACCCCCAUCGACCUCAUGUUCUCCUCCGAGAAGCGCCUCCUCGUCGACCUGGUCAAGAAGAUGCUUCGCUUUGAGCCUGGAGAGCGCAUAACCGCCCGCCACGCGCUCCGCCACGAGCUGUUCAACAAGGUCCGCGAGCGCAUCAUCGCCUACGAGAAGCAGCAGCGGAGCAAGGCCGCGAGGCCCGAGGCCGCGGCCGCGGCUGCCCGCCCAACCACGGCCCCGUCACAGUAGCCAGCCGCCCUCACCCUGUAGCGAGGCAGAGGCAAUGUUCAUUACAUCAUGGUACAUCCC